AUCUUACGAAAACACAUAUCGAAAUCGUAAUCGAUACAACGUUUUCAGUGUGAAUGACUUCGCUGUUUCGUUCAAUGAUCAAACAAUAGACGUGUGAUGGGACAAAAUCAGUCUGGUACUGGUGGUACAGGGGGUGAUAAGAAGGAUGAUAAAGAUAAGAAAAAGAAGUAUGAACCCCCUAUUCCAACAAGGGUUGGCAAAAAGAAGCGCCGUACAAAGGGGCCAGAUGCUGCCUUAAAAUUACCACAAGUUACACCACAUACACGUUGUAGAUUGAAACUUUUAAAGUUGGAACGUAUAAAAGAUUACUUAUUGAUGGAAGAAGAAUUUAUUACAAACCAGGAAAGACUAAAACCACAAGAAGAAAAGAAUGAGGAGGAAAGGUCUAAAGUUGAUGACUUACGUGGAACUCCAAUGUCUGUUGGAACAUUAGAAGAAAUAAUUGAUGAUAAUCAUGCUAUAGUUUCUACAUCUGUUGGUUCUGAACAUUAUGUGUCAAUUUUGUCAUUUGUGGAUAAAGAUCAGUUAGAACCAGGAUGUUCAGUUUUGUUAAACCAUAAAGUUCAUGCGGUUGUUGGUGUGUUAGGUGAUGAUACUGACCCUAUGGUUACAGUAAUGAAACUAGAAAAAGCUCCACAAGAAACUUAUGCUGAUAUUGGUGGACUUGAUACACAGAUCCAAGAGAUCAAAGAAUCUGUAGAAUUACCAUUAACCCAUCCAGAAUAUUAUGAAGAAAUGGGUAUCAAACCACCAAAAGGAGUUAUACUUUAUGGUCCACCAGGAACUGGAAAAACGUUAUUGGCUAAAGCUGUAGCUAAUCAGACCUCAGCAACUUUCUUGAGAGUUGUUGGGUCUGAACUUAUACAGAAAUAUUUAGGAGAUGGUCCAAAACUUGUAAGAGAAUUGUUUAGAGUUGCAGAAGAACAUGCUCCUUCCAUUGUAUUUAUAGAUGAAAUAGAUGCUGUAGGCACAAAACGAUAUGACAGUAAUAGCGGAGGAGAACGUGAAAUUCAAAGAACUAUGUUAGAACUACUUAAUCAACUUGAUGGUUUCGAUAGUCGAGGAGACGUUAAAGUUGUAAUGGCUACAAACAGAAUUGAAACUUUAGAUCCAGCGCUAAUCAGACCGGGUCGUAUUGACAGAAAGAUAGAAUUUCCAUUACCUGAUGAAAAAACGAAAAGAAGAAUUUUCAAUAUACAUACUAGUAGAAUGACUUUAGCACCUGAUGUGAAUCUAGCAGAAUUGAUCAUGGCUAAGGAUGAUCUUUCCGGUGCAGAUAUAAAGGCUAUAUGUACUGAAGCUGGUUUAAUGGCGUUGCGUGAACGCCGCAUGAAAGUUACUAGCGAUGAUUUCAAAAAAUCUAAGGAAAGUGUUUUGUAUCGAAAGAAAGAAGGUUCGCCUGAAGGAUUAUAUCUAUAAAAUUCUAUAAUUCUUUAUUUACAAUCUCAACAUACGAAUAUUAUGUAUACUAAUAAAAAAAAAAAUACAAAAGAUUA